AAAAACUAUAAAUGAACUAGCUGAAUUGAGCCAAAAAGAAUUCUGUGGGAAAGAAAAACAUGAACAACAACAAUAAAAAAAUAAGAGAAUUCGCCAAGUAAGCAAUUAAACUCCAGGCAGAGUUCUACUUACAAAUUUCGAAAGAUGGAUAAAGAUCUGAGUGAGGUCAUCAAUAUGAGUAGAAUCAGACACAUUGAGCGCCAAUUCCAUGAUGAGCACAACAUCAGAUUCAACCUCGCGAGGAGGCAGUUCUGAAGCAGCAGAAAGUAUGGAGUCGGAUUGGGAAAAUAUAACGUGAUUGAGGAGGCGGAGGUGGUCGUUGUUGUUGACACCAACUCCAUCGGAAGUUUGAAUUUCGUCCCUUAGAGUUAGAAACGCCGUUCGCCAUUGCCUCGUGGAUGAUGAAGAUGAAGAAGAAGAAGCAGCAGCUGUUGAUGUAAAUGCCAUCAAUGCCUCAACAAAUCACUCAGCCACACCUCAAUCUGCACUGUUUUAAUUCUUUUCUUCCCUUUACGAAUUUCUCAGCCCAGUCAUUCACCAUCUCUUCCCGUCGUCGUUCAUUUCACGGUGGUUGCGCGGCAGUUGUGGCGGUGCAAGGGGCAAGAAGAUUCGACGGCCUGAUGACCCAAUGUAUAUUACGGGUCAAAUUGUUUGGGCUUUGGCUUCCUUGAGCAUUCUUUUUGUUUGGGCCUGAUUUAGAAUUGGGCUUCAAGCAAUCUCUUCUACAAUUUUCUCCGAGUCAGCUUCUCCAGGUUUUUGAAGUCAUUGGAAGCAGAAGAGGACAAAGGAGAAGAAACAAUUUUUUUAAUAAUAUUAUUCGCAGCCAGACGCUCAAGGGCGGAGAUUGCUUUCAUUGCUUUGGUCCAUACAUAAAUUAAUUAACAAAUUACUUAAUUUUCGCCCAGAAAUGGAUUGAUAAGAACGAGACUUGUGGGGAUAUGGUGUACAGCUGAAUCUCCCUUAAGAAUCAGAGAAUCAGAAUCCGAAGGAAGGGAUUCAUUUCAUCACUCUUCCAUUGAAGAUGGAUGGAAGGUUUAUUAGAUUAUGGCCAUGGAACACUUUCACUAUCGGAGCCGUGCUGUUGAUUCUCACUUACCGAUUCUUCAGGUGGUGCUCCGCUUGCCUCCGUCGCUCCUCCGCCGUUAAACCCGUUCCUCACGCCAUACCAUCGUCAUUCUCCGACGUCCCUGCCCCUCAAGCUAGAAUCUCUGCCAUAAUAUCUGACACUGAUCUAAAGAAUCUGGUUGAUGAGGUGAACGACAAAAUUCACCGGGCUGAGGAUUGGGAGCAUGUCAUUGAUCGAAGGAACCAUAUGUUUUCCUACACUGCCAAACGUACUAAGCCAAAGGAUGGUCCUGUCAAAUAUCUGAGUCUUACAGUGUUUGAGAAUUGCUCCCCUGAGUUGCUGAGAAAUUUUUACAUGGAUAAUGACUAUAGGAAAACUUGGGACAAUACGAUAAUUGAGCAUAAGCAGCUGCAAGUGGAUGUUAGUAGCGGAACUGAAUUUGGUCGUACAAUUAAGAAGUUCCCUUUCCUAUCACCGAGAGAGUAUGUAUUAGCUUGGAGAGUUUGGGAAGACAAACACGGGGCCUUCUAUUGUCUUAGCAAGGGAUGUGAACAUCCUCGUGCCCCAAGCCAGAGGAAAUAUGUAAGGGUUAUGUUCCAUAGGUCUGUAGCGGGUCGAAAUGCAUGUGAAAUCACAAUGGUGCAUCAAGAGGACGCUGGUCUGAAUGUGGAGAUGGCAAAACUUGCAUUUGCAAAGGGCAUAUGGAGUUACGUAUGUAAAAUGAAUGAUGCCCUCCGUUUGCAUUCGUUAAAACAUACUCCAGCCUUGAAUGAAGCAAUGCUAAUUCAAAAGUUUCCCCCCGGGCUUGAAGACAUUGAUCAUAGAAGCACGACUCAUUCAGAAGUUGCAGCAGAUACUGUUUGCUAUCGGCAGGCAUCCGAAAGCCAUGGUAGUAGGUCUGUCAAAGCUCCUCCAAAUAAAUUAUUGAAAAAUGGUUUGAUCCUAGUAGGGAGUGCAAUCUGCCUAUCUCGGGGCCAUUCCAGCUUGGGUGCAAAAGUUGCGAUGGUAUAUAUUUUGACCAAGUUAACUAAGCGCCGUGCUACUUCUAAAGCGGGCAAGCCUUAG